UUUUAUUUGAAGAAGCGCGGCAGAGUCUGGCGCCAAUAACCGCACCCGCCAAGAUCUAUCCACUACUCCCAUAUAAAACACAUCUCUAACCUCCCAAUCUCCAUCACACAUCCUCCUCCGCCUCUAUCUCUCUCUACUCGAUUUCUCCUUCCCAAAACUUACACAAUGAUGUCCCCCGUGAAAAAAACCUCUGCCAUAAGACCCGUGGAGUUCUACGGAAACGCCCUUCCCCGUCCUCGUUUCUUCGACAACCCAAAGUUCAACUCUCACCGCGUAGAUCCUCCCCUCUCCGUCCUCGAUCCUCUCCUCUCAUGGGCCAGAGAGGCCCACUGGUCCAUGGGCGGUCUCAACUUCACCCGCCUCCGUCUCCAGGGACGGAUCGAAGGAAACGUCGACAAGCUCCGUGCUCAACUCGAGAAUUCCACUCCGGUGAAAAUAGAAUCUGGAGAUUCCGACAGGAAGAAGAGAAGAUCUGAGCACGAUUUCGAUUCUCCUCCCGCGGCUCCUGUUGCUGUGAAACGGAGAAGGUACAUAGAUCUGAACGAUGAUGUUGACGAUGAGGAGGAGGGGAUAGGAUCGGAGGAUGAAGGUGUGGCUAGGAUCAGAAGAAAGCUCUCUGAUGAUUUUGAUAGAGUGGCUGGAGAAAGUAAGAUCAAUGUUGUUGUUAAAGCUAAUAAGAAAUCGAUUGAAUUGGGAUCUGAUGGGAAGAGACUUAAGGAGAAGAAGAAGACAAGUUCAACGAGAACAUCUCCAAGAUUGGUCAAGCUUAGAUCAUCUAGUUAGUUAAUUUUUUUUUUUUCAAUUUACAUUUAUCUCUGUAGUGUUUAGAUUGAAGGGUAUAGUUCAUGGUUGGAACUUAGUUUUUGGAUUUCCUUUGUGCUUAUAAAUAUGAAUCCCCUUUGUACCCUUUAUGAACUAAUCAAAUUAGAAUCAUAUCCUAUGUGUACAUUUCUAA